GGUUGUUAUAAGUCAUGCAUGACAGGGCUAAAUAACAAUAAUUACAAUGAAACACGUCAUAUAUCUAUAGUAACAUUAAACGACCAGUGGGUGGCAGGAUAUGGAGUGGCACAUCAAUGUCCAAUUUAGUGGUUUAUGUGCAAGUAUACCAUCAACACUGACAGAAAUACAAGAAAACAGCCUUUGAAUAGUGGUCCACUGUAGCGACUACUAUGUGUGAAAGGGUUAAUGAGUCAUAGACUGUAUAUAAAAGAUGGCCAAAAGAUUUAUAGUCCUGUAGGAGUCAGUGAAAAAAGGGCCUUCGACUUCAUUGAUCUAUACCCUUGGUAGUUGCCUGAUGAGUAUAUGGCCUCAAUUGCCAGUCUUCAAGACUUAUUCCACAAAACAUGAUGUUCUUUACUAAAUUAUGAUUAAAAGGCAGAAGGCAAGGUGUUUGUAAUGAGUUUCUCAGAUCUGCUGUGUGCUGUGAUGUCUGGUGACUGAUGGGUGAGGACGCAGGUCUACAUCUUUCUAUACAGUCUGCGGUUAGAAUACCAUUAUCAUACUGUUGGCAAUCACACCAGAUGCACUUAGGUCAAGUGAACUGGUGUGACUGGUGAUGACACCUUUUGGAGGUAUCUGGUCAUAGAAUGAACAAUGACAGUACAGGGAUCAACACAAUUUCAAAUAUGACACUCAUAUUACAUAUCAUAUUACUCUGAUGCACAGGUCAACAUUCAGGUUGCUAAAACAUGAAAUGGUACAGAAUGAACAGUGUUAGGGAACAUCUUCUGGGAACCAUUUACUACCGUGAAAAUCUUGUAAUAUUUCUGCCUUAGCAUUGCUAAAAUCUGAAAUUAUUAUGAGUUAAUAAUAAGACAGUAAAUCAAAAAGAUGUAACAGUAAGCAAACACAAUUUAGUCAUGGCUGUAAUGUGGUCCUCUGCAGCUUCUGUAGCUGCAGUAAAUGUAGCUACAGUGUUGUUGGUGUGUGUGGUUCCUGCGUUAUUAACACCAGAAAAAGCAGAUAUGUUGAGGAACCAAGCACACUGUGGCCACGAUGAAAUUCAUAUCCUUUAUCCACUUCAAAGGGUCCUGAUCCCUGCUGUAGAGUGCACAGUAGCUCAGCUUUAUCAUAUCUUAAACCUGGAAAAUGAGCUCUUUGCCUCUGACAGCACGGUGUGGUAUAGUGUGUUUAGUUCUCUUUAAACAGCUGAAGAACAGCUUAAAAAGCUGCCCUGUGACGCUUCUUAUACACACUAACGUGAACACUGAGUCUUACUGGAUAUUUCUAAAAACUAGGGUGGAAAAUAUAGAAAGUAACUUCCUCUGACUUCAGCUGGCAGACAAUAACUUUUGGUGUAUGGAAGUAUAGCCAGAAUCUGAAUCUGAAAUAGCACCUCUGAGAGUAAACCUUCAAUUGCAGCACCUAUAAAAACCACGGAAAUAUAUAUAAUAUAAUAUAUGUAUCACUUGUUCUUUAUUUGGUUUGGGGGUGUAGGGGUCGGAGGUGUAAUGAGUGAUGGUGGGAGGGUGCGUGUGUGUAUUUUUGUUUAUUUUCUGCUCUGAAUGUGUACAGCACUUUGAGUUUGUAUGGAAAGUGCUGUAGAAUUAAAGUUUUAAUCGACUGGUUGAUUGUAACUCAUAUGAAUCACACAUACACACGAACAACCAUGCUACGUGAAGCUUUUAUUUUGAAAUGGUGCUGCUAGUAGCGCUUCCUGUGUGUGUGUGUGUGUGUGUGUGUGUGUGUGUGUGUGUGCGCGCGCUCCAGCACCGUAGCACUGCAGCCGCUGUAGGAUCCUACGGGGAGCGGGCACAGGGCGACGGCGGUGUUUCCGGCAGCCUGCCGUCAGACCAAGCGCUUUCCCGGCUCACGUUUCUUCCAGCCCGCGUUAUUUUCAGGGAGGGUCCUGCAGGGGGAGGAAUAAGCAAACCGCGGAGGAGGAGACACGCUCUCCGCCUGCUUGGCGCAGUCAGUGCGGUGAUAGCUGUCAGGCGUGGACGAGGUGAAGAGCGGAAUGGUUCAUUUAUAGACUUCGCUCAAGCGUGGAAGCGUGGUCGGAUUUCCGCCUGUUCUCGGGUUAUUUUUCGGCGGGUGAUAACGACAGUUCGUGUCCGAUCGCAGAGAGGGGGCGACGUGGAAAUGCCGCACAGAGAUUGUGUGAGUGCAGGUGGAUGGCCAACCUGACGGUCCCCGCCGCCGCUUCCCUUCACAGCUCUGCUGGCGUCCGGAGCUGCGAACACCGAGCGAAUCCAUACAGAACCAAAUCCAACUAAUAACCCGGAGCUAUGCUUCCUGGGGUCGGUGUGUUCGGCACCAGCCUUACCGCACGGGUGAUCAUCCCGCUGCUGAAGAACGAAGGCUUCGCCGUUAAAGCGCUGUGGGGCCGGACACAGGAGGAGGCGGAGGAGCUGGCCAAGGAGAUGAACGUGCCCUUUUACACCAACAGGAUCGACGACGUGCUGCUGCAUCAGGAUGUGGAUCUGGUCUGCAUCAACCUGCCGCCGCCUCUGACGCGGCAGAUCGCUGUCAAGACACUGGGUAUUGGCAAAAAUGUAAUCUGCGACAGGACCGCCACGCCUCUGGAUGCCUUCAGAAUGAUGUCAGCUGCCCAGUACUACCCCAAGCUGCUGAGCAUUAUGGGAAAUGUUCUGCGUUUCUUGCCAGCUUUUGUUCGAAUGAAGGAGCUCCUGGAGGAAGGUUACAUCGGAGAACUUCUGGUCUGUGAGGCCCAGGUCCACAGCGGUAGCCUCCUUGGGAAAAAAUACAACUGGAGCUGCGAUGAUCUGAUGGGAGGUGGUGGCCUGCAUUCGGUGGGCAGCUACAUUAUUGACCUGCUUACGUUUCUGACAGGCCAGCGUGCGGCCAAAGUCCACGGCUUCCUCAAGACUUUCGUCAAACAGACCGACCACAUCCGGGGCAUCCGUCAGAUCACCAGUGACGACUUCUGCACGUUCCAAAUGGUACUGGAAGGAGGCGCCUGCUGCACCGUCACACUCAACUUCAAUGUCCCCGGAGAGUUCAGGCAGGAGGUGAUAGUUGUAGGGACUGACGGGAGGCUAACGGUCACAGGGACAGACUUGUAUGGACAGAAGAACAGUGGCGGUGGAGAAAGUGGUGGCGGCCCUGAGCUCCUGCUCAAAGACACCACGCCUCUCGAGAAGGCCUCCCUGCCGGAGAAGGCCUUCAGUGACAUUCCGUCCCCUUACCUCACCGGGACAAUCCGCAUGAUCCAGGCUGUGCGGCAGGCCUUCCAGGACCAAGACGACCGGCGGACGUGGGACGGGAGGCCCCUGACAAUGGCUGCCACUUUUGAGGAUUGCCUAUAUGCUCUGUGUGUGGUGGAUACAAUUAAGAAGUCCAACCAGUGCGGAGAGUGGCAGAACAUUGUGGUGAUGACAGAAGAACCAGAGGUCAGCCCAGCUUAUCUGAUCAGUGAGGCCAUGCGGCGGAGUAGGAUGUCCCUCUACUGUUAGCAUUUUUAAAACUCAAAGUGGCGCUCGAGCGGCAUUGUUGGAAGUUUUUUCACAGAGCUGUCGGAUUCCAGUUUUGUGUUGAAAUUUGUGUUGUCACUGUUACAGAGGCUUUACACGAGGACGUGCAGGGAGUUGAGGUUUCCUGGCCUCAGCGGUAGGAAAAGCAAUGUGAUUAAUAAUCAGAACUUUAUUUAUAAAGAAGCUUUUUUUUUUCAUUUUGGCAGCAGGUUUAAGCCCUUUGGGGAGAUGCACUUUUAAAUCAAGCAACAGAAAGACCUACAGUGGCGGCAUAUCAGGGAGUGAAGCUAUCUGCUGGUUCGUUGGUCGAUCAGUAGGAGGCGUCCUCGCGGGUAUCGUCUUCUAAUGUUCCCAUUUCACCAACAGAUACUCGCAAUUUCAUAUGCUUUUCAUCACCCCUGCUGGCUGCUUGAUCAAACAGUUAUUUGCGCCUCUGGUCUAGAACUUUAUUUAACUGGUCUAGAAAGACACACGCCCUACACUGUGGGUCCGAACAAGGACUGCCAAGGAAGAACGAUAGUCUUUUUUUGAAUUGUGCCAGUCUGUUGUUGCUGUAAUCUGAAGUACUUUUAGUACUAGUUUUACCAAGUGAAUGUUAAAAAAAACAAGUCAUUGUGCUUCUUAGUCAUGCUCUGUCUGCUCCGUAUGUUUCUCCUAUGUGUGUGAAACGAGAAAAAAAGAAUCAAUCGUUUGGCUGGUGUUUUCUUUUUUAUGUUGUUGUUUUUUUUCCCCAGAGGACUCUGGUUUUCGUAUGCAAUAUAAACAGGCAGAAGGGGCACUAGUUUCUCUCAGAGUCUGAAAUAAAGGGUUAGCAGUAAACUAUGGUAUGCCUUUAUGCAGUUCCAGUCGGCUGUGCAUCACCUGCAUGGUUGGUCAGUGUAGCGGUACUCUGAUUCUUUUUAUGCUAUCAUUGUAGCCACUAAAUCCCGUGUGACACGUAUCUACACUGAUGUGCGGACAGUCUUGCAUGUAAGUUUGCAAGCUAUGUGCAGAUUUCCUUCUCACACUGCUGUGCAAUGGUUGCUGCAAACUAAUUGCAAGCCUGUGUGGUGUGCCCAGACCUCAAGUAAGACUGAGAACUUGCAGCAAAUUAAAUAGUGUAGCAAAGUGUGGGCGACUAAUUUUUUUUUUUAAAAUAACUUUUCAAAGUGUUAAGGUUGGUGUUAUUUUUUGUUUUUUCUUAUUGUUGGAAAAUUUCAUAUAGGCCUAAAGAUCAAACCCUGUAGCAUUAAUCCAUCUGUCAAUAAUUCCUGACUGCAGUACAGUGUCUUCGGCACUUGGCCCCGCACCCACUGAUUACUGCUUUCAAUUAUUACAUAAAAUUAUUAUAUUAAGUGUUUUUAAAAAGAGCAGUUCAGAUAUGCGUCCAGCAUUUUAGCUUCUUUUAGCUUAUGUUUCAGUGUUUUGGUUUUGCGUCGCUCUCACCACUCUCAUUGACCUUAUUUCCAGCAGCAGCCAUGCUAUGUUUGCUUUAGCAAACAUAGCAUAGCAUGGCUGUGAUAAACACAAUGUAAGCUGCCAGCCCCACACCAAACAGCAGAAAGACACAGCUACUUGAUGUAACUAAAGAGCCAAAUCAUAAAAAGUAAAGAUUUUCGCUGCGUUUACACCCAAGUUCAUAGAAGUUUUAACUCUUAGAAAUGCUUUUUUAAAGGAACUAAAAGGUUCCUUCACUCCACUGAUAUCUAUGUCACCAGUGUGCUCUAAAGACUAAAGAGGAUUUGGGAAAUUGGUCCAUUGACACGGAAACUCAAAGACUGUUUUAAUAUGCAACUUUAGGCAAAAGGUUGUGGUACUGUAGAAGACUACAACACUAAAGCCGUACCAAACAGUACAUAAUUAAAGCUUAACUUUAAAGUCCUGCUUUGAACCCCUAUAGAGCCAGUGCCGUAGUAGGUUACAGCGCUGUCUGCAGUGGCCUGCCGUCAAGAUUGAAUCUAACUUAUUUAUUUAGUUUAUACAUGGAUUGUCAGAGGAAUGAAAACAAGAAAACGCCAUCCGUCUACACUGGAAGAUUAAUAGCUCUUGCAUUAGAAUAGUGAGGAAGCUAAUCAGUAAACUAUGCUUACACAGACCAUCAACACCAAACAGACCAACCGCAGUUGUUUCCUGGGAAGGUGCACAUCAGACUGUGCGCUAGCUAGUUUUAACACAGCCGUAAGCAUGGCAGGAAACACUGCAGCGACGUUGUCACCUGCUUUUCAAAGCUGACCAUGUUUGCUGCUUUGUAAAUAGCAAAAAUGGUGGAAAAGAGAUGAGCAGUGGCCGUGAAGCAGUUUCAAACUGCUCAAAAGCAAGCACAUUUUUGAUCUUUUGCAGUUCAGAACAAUUAGUAUUAUUAAGUACUACAAGUCCCCACACUGGUUAAUAUUUUAAUCGGAACUUAAUUCAAACCCCAGUCCUCCCAACAGCUUUCUGUUAUCUGGACAAAGGCAAAUGCAGCUCUGGACUUACAUUUGUUAUGUAAGCAGAAAUGUAUGCUGUAAGUUUCAUCAGCUGUCGACUAAUGCACAUAACAGUUUAACCCACCAAUCAGAAAACAGAACAAGUAGGUGUGUGACUCACAGUCCAGCUUCCAGGAAAGCAGAAACAAACCAUCAGAAAGUGAUGAAAGCAAAUACGGCUGAACUUAAAGUUUAACAUCAGUCGAAGCAGGUGAAGGAAUAACACCAACCCACAAGCCAAAAGAUUGAUUUUUUUUUAUAUGCAUUCUCUAUCCAUAAGCUGUGCUGAAAUACUAAAUAUGUAACGACUACUGAAAAUGUACAUAAAAAUAAUAUGGAGCAACAAUACGCUUUUGUCUAAAGAAUUAAAUCAGUACUGUAUGGGUUUUUGUUUGUUUUUGUUUUUUUGUACAAACCAAGGAACUGGAACAUGUCUGGAUGAGUGUCAGGGUAUUUAUUCUAUGUUGAAGUUUUCACUGACUGACCUGCAGUGCUUAUUGUGGGAGAUUAACAGCAGACUGAGGCCUUCGGAGCAUUCAGCUUCUUAUUUCCAUUUAUCGGAUAUUGACCAAAAGAGUCUCUUGUGAAAAGCUUUAUGUUUUCUCUUUAAAUGCACUAUAUCAGAAUGCAGCACAACUACACUGUCGCCCAUGAACUCAUAGAUCAUAGAGUGUCUGUGUGCGCUCUUUUAUUGUUUACUGUUUAGUGCUUUGCUGAGGCCAGGCCCUCUUUAAAACCCCUCAUGCCACAGAACAAAAAUUGAAGAACCAGAAAACACUCUUGCCUAAAUAGUUUGCAUGAAAAGCACUGAGUCUGACACUGAUAAGCUGCCUCUCAGUACUCCAGGGAAAAUAUUGCCCCGUGUGUACCAAACGCCUUAUCAAAUCUGCAUAUAGACUUUCCCCCUUUGUCAGAUAAGCUCACAAAAUAUAGCUAUGUAAAGAAAAAAAGAACAUGCACAGAAGUUGGACUUGUUUCUUCAGAGUUGAAUUGUUUAUCACCAUCAACACAGAUUUUGGGAAAUGAACCUGAGGGCUGGUUGACUUUGAAGAAGACACUAGAUAAAUAGGCGCUUCAUAGGAAAAAGGAGAGGUCUUUGGGACCCCCCUGAUAUGGCCUUUAACUCAUUUUACUGCUGUUUGAUUUAUAGUUCUCUGCUGAAGUAGAACUGGUUGUUUAUUUGUCCCUGUUGAGUUCAGCUGGAGGUGAAUGAUUUGCCUUUCUUGCUGGUUAAAUAUAGAUAGACACACACAGGGAGGGAAAGGUUGGAGGCUAAAUAUAACACCUACAGCAUAUUAAAGGCAGCUUAUGACUUAGGUUAACUUUUAUUGCAGUAAAACCUGACAUUUCUGCUUUAAUUGGUAGCAUUUUAUUUGCAGGUCUGUUUGGCCCUUAUGCACUCUCGUAAAGUCUUCCGUGACUGUGCACUUUGGUGCCGUCAAAGAUCUGAGAGUGUGAUUUCUGGUUAAUUUCCCAUUCGAUUCUCUUGUGAAUCCUCCCUGUUUCUGCACAAGUAAAUACUUUAUGUGCUUAUCUCUUCCGAUAGAAAAUGCAAUUUUCAGAUCAGUUCAGACUUUCUUGAGGACACAUCUCAAAGGAGGCAACACCAUAAGUCAUAGGAUUUGGAAUUUGCAUAAAGGCAGAGCUAUGAGCCUUCAUAUUCUACACGAGGGCCUGACUAUGGCUGAUUAAAGCCAAAACCAUGUAGAUGUUAGCAGUUGGCUGUGCUGAUCAAUUUCAGCGGAGGCAAGCUACAGUUGUAGCCACAGCUGCCCUGGGGCAGGCUGACAGAAGCGAGGCUGCCAUAUCGCGCCAUCAGUCCCUCUGGCCAACACCAGUAGGCAGUAGGUGAAGUGUCUUGCCCAAGGACACAACGACUGAGACUGUCCGAGCCAGGGCUCGAACCGGCAACCUUCCGAUUACAAGACGAACUGCCAACUCUUGACCCUGUUUAAUACUCUUUCUAUAUCAUCACUGCUAACUUAGUUGCAAGUUCACCUCCAGUGACACUUAGAAAACUCAAGAGGUUCAGAAAACCCCCGUAUCUUCCAAUCAGCCAUAAAAUUUAAACAACUUUGGGGUCCUGUGGGUUGCAGGGUGGGGCCCUGAUGGAUGGAUUAGGGGUAGCAGUUUUGGGGUUGGGUUCAGUUCUUGGGAUCACGCUCCAGGCAGGAUUUGUGAUAGUUGUAAGGAAGUCGAUGUCUUUUGGGACAAUCAUGGAAGGGAGCUUGAUCUGCAAGGAUGGAUGUGGCUUCCAGGUCCAAAACCUGAAGCCAGUUGGAAAGUGCCUUAAAGCUGUCGAGUCUUACUGAAUACAAAUAUUACGAUCCUUAGUAGAGUUUAAAAAACAAAACGAGAACGCAGGGUAUUCUUUAUGGCGGGGCUACCUUGUUAUUGACAAGUCGUUAAUAUUUAAGUUUGCGGUGUCAUAAAAACAUUGACAACGCUCAGCUCAAGGCGUCGCAAAUCAGUGAAUGACAUCUGCCAUAUCCAUCUUUUAUACUCUAUGCUAGGUAACAGUGUUGAUGGUGACGUCAAAGGUACUACAGCCAAAGUCUCCUACAGGUGUUACACUAUAAUAAGGCGAUUCAUCGUGUUUUACUGCACCUGUUUUAAUGUUGUGGCUGAUUAGUGUAUAUUGCCUGCUCACACAAGUUCACAUUGUUUCAGCAGGUUUUAGUGCCCCCGCACAAAUAGAUUCAGUGUGCUUUUAAAUCAGCCUGGGCCUCAUCUAGAAAUAAAUCGGCUAUAUCUAGUGUUCUGCGAUGAGAAGACCCAUAAACUUAAGUAGGCCUUCUUGAGCUUUUCAUGUGUUUGAAGCUUAUCUGUGUAGGGGUGAGUGCAGGUUUCAUUCAUGUCCACACAGACCCAUCGCCCUUCACAGAGACUCAGUUAGUGGACACAACGAAAACAUGGGCUUUUCAUUUCAGCAGUAUAGAUGCUGGAUAGGGGAAAAAACAGUGAAUCAGAGAAGAAGCCAUUAUGAGUGUUGUUACAUCACUUUAGUGCUCAUUAGCAAAGCGUCUCCACCAACUUUCAUCUGUGAAUGGAGAGGCAGUAGGCAGCAGUCUGAAACACACGAGGCAAUAUGUGGCUUCUGAAGCGCUGAAUAUUUAAUGAAGAAUGUGAAUGAGCCGAUACAGCACAGUGUGAGGAUGUCAUGCAUUUUAUCUGUUGACUGAUUUUAUCUUUUUUUUUCUAAGUUGAACCACUGAGUGUUUUUGCUUUUCAUGCUGAUGACAAAUUUUGUUGAUUUUUCCUCCACCUGUCAGGAUGGCCCGAUUGUGCAUUGAGAAAGACCCUGCAGAAAACCUAAACACAAAACAAGAGGUGCUCUGGUUCCAGCACUUUGUCUCAUUUGCUGACAGUCUGACUAUGAACCGCUCCGUCUCUGCAUUGCCAGCAUUCACUGACUCAUUGCUCAGGAAAGGCCUUCGCUCGCUGAGAGGGAGAGAGAGCGAGAAAGGAGGUGGAGGUGAAAACCUCAAAGAGAUGCUUGUCAUACACUCGGAGACCGUUAAUUCGCAGCCAGAUCCCACAUUGCCAAAACUAAGUCUUGUCUCGGAUUUGACCCCCCCUCAUCUCGUUCUUUCACACUUGCUCCUCUGUAGGUCUCCCCCUCCCUCUGAGAUUCUUUUUUUCCAGCCAGUGCUGAGAAAGGUAACGGUUUUUGAUUUGCUUUACUUUGCAUCAAUCUCUCCCUUCACUUGUCCCCUUUUCCCCCCUUUCCCCUUUCUAUCGUGAGCCAGGUUGAAGCCUGGAGGAAAAGCUCACUGGUGCUUCUGCAGACCUCCCUCUCGUCUUAUUUGUUGUUUUCACAGCCACACAAAGACCACUCCAUUCACUCACAGGUUGUGAAUGCCUUUCCACAGCUGGUUUAUGAAUGCUGACUCUGGCCGUGUCUUGCUUGCUUCCCCCUCCACAGAUAUCCAUUUUGAUGCUGUAUUGUGACUAUAUCUGAUAUUUAUUGUUCUGUAUGUAUAUCGUGGAUGCAUGGACCUCUGUACAUACUGUAAUUUGAACUCUCAAACGCAUAUUUAUGGGUCUUACUAGAGAGAAUGUACUUGCUGUAGGAAUAAUUUAUAUUUUCUAUCCGUUAAGGAGGUCAGUUGGUGUCACAAAUAAACGCCCUGCUGUAAUGUUGUUGUUUUUUUGUUUAGUUUUUUUUGUUCUGAGUGACUGUGUGACUUCUGUUUCAGUGUUUACUGGCUCAUCUCCCUGCACCAGUGCUUGGCAUUGAUUGAAUGUGUGUGGCUAAGGGAAUGCGUGAAAGUGGUGAAAAUAAAGUGUGAUCUUGUGUUUGCAACAUGGUUUACAGCUUCAGCACUUGUCUAAUGCUGCAGUUUCUAUGGAAUAAACAAUAUAUGCAUACA